AUGGCCGUUGUUCGCUUCCUUCUUUUGCUGUCGCUCCUUGCUUUUCUCCCCACCCUUUGUUUCUCUCAAUCUGAUGAAGAAGCUCUCCUCAAGCUCAAGAAAUCAUUCACGCAUGGCGAUCUGGAUGAUUGGGUUCCGGGUUCGGAUCCUUGUAAGAAGAAAUGGUUUGGUGUUCAGUGUUCUGGUGAUUCCGUUGUUGGCUUCCAUUUGACAGGCUUACAGCUUUCGGGUUCAAUCGACGUUCAAGCUUUGUUUCAAAUCCGUGGGUUGAAAGCCAUCAGCUUUAUAAACAACUCUUUCAUCGGUUCAAUCCCAGAAUUCAAUGAACUCACUGCUUUGAGGGCUUUGUAUUUGUCUCACAAUCAAUUCAGCGGUGAAAUUCCCAAUGGUUAUUUCUAUCCAAUGCAAAAUUUGAAGAAAGUUUGGUUAAAUAACAACGAAUUCACUGGCAAAAUCCCCGACUCGUUAAUGCAGCUCCCCAAUCUCGUAGAACUCCAUUUACAGUCGAAUCAAUUUUCUGGAGAAAUCCCACGGUUGAAAUAUCCGGAGGUGCUUAAUUCCCUUGAUCUAUCGAGAAACGAACUCCAAGGUGAAAUUCCCUCGAGUUUCGACAAGUUCGACGUCCAUUCAUUCCAAGGGAACGACGGUCUUUGUGGGAGAAAAUUGGACAAAGAAUGCAACGAAGCUCACCAAGCGGUAAAAAGCAAAGGAUCCGAUUCCAAUAUUGUCAUCGGAAUCAUGGCUGUUGUAGUGCUUUUGUUGUUAUUCGCCGUCUUUAGGUCAAAGCAGCGGAAGGUGGACGAUGAUCUCAAUAUCUCAAACAAAGAACCGUUAAAAGAUGAGGUUUUGUCAGUCGAAGUGCCGGAAGUUGAAUCGACCACCACAAAGCGGAAGCCGUCGGAGUCGAACCGUCGGAGUAAUUCCUCAAAGAAAGGGUCUACGCUUGACUUGUUUAUGGUGAACGACGAGAAGGAUGCAUUCGGGAUGAAGGAUUUGAUGAAGGCGGAUGCGGAGGUGCUGGGGAAUGGAUCGAUGGGAUCGGCGUAUAAGGCGGUGCUAGGGAAUGAAUUGACAGUGGUGGUGAAAAAGAUGAAGAAGUUGAAUCGACUCGAAAAAGAAGCGUUCGGCGUUGAAAUGAAGCGGAUCGGAAAAAUAAGGCACCCCAACAUAUUGACGCCAUUGGCAUACCAUUUUAAGAAAGAGGAGAAGCUUGUCGUCUCUGAGUAUAUGCCCAAGGGAAGCCUGUUAUACGUCUUGCAUGGUGAUCGAGGAAUCAGCCACGCUAAUCUAAACUGGGCAACACGUUUGAAAGUCAUCAAAGGAAUCGCAGAGGGCUUGGCUUUCAUCCAUACAGAGUUCGCAACGUACGAAGUUCCUCAUGGAAACCUAAAAUCCAGCAAUGUUCUCUUAAACGACAAUUACGAGCCAUUGUUGAGCGAUUUCGCGUUUCAACCAUUAACAAACCUAGACUCCCUUCCCCAAGGGUUGUUUGCUUACAAAUCCCCAGAAUACCUUCAAACCCACACAAUCUCUCCCAAAUCCGAUGUUUUUUGUCUGGGAAUUCUCAUUCUCGAAAUCAUCACAGGUAAGUUCCCAUCUCAAUAUCUAACGAAUGGCAACGGAGAGGUCGACAUCAUUGAAUGGGUUCAAACAUCCAUAUCAGACAAUAAGGUGUCAGAUUUGAUUGAUCCUGAGAUAUCAAGUGGAUCAGGUUCAAUUGAUCAGAUGGUUCAACUCCUCCGAAUCGGAGCCGGUUGUACCCAAAGUAAUCCCGAUCAAAGGUUGGAACUGAAGGAAGCCAUUGAUAAGAUACAUGAGGUACAUGUUUAA